GACGCCGGCAAAUCUAGAUUACACCUCUCGCGGCGAGAGCUCACGUCGCGUACAGGCGACGACAGUGUUCGUCUCCAUUAUCUCACCUCAUUUUUUUUAUCUUUCUUGUUUCCUCUUUCCAUUGCGAAAGAAGAAUCUCGCAUUACUUUGUUCGCACUCGAAGGAGCAAGAACGGGGACUGCUACUUCGGGCGCCGCUACGCGGACUUGGAAGAAGAAGAUAUCUCCGUUAUAGCCAGACGGGUGAUCGACGUCUUGGCGAACGCGGACUUGUUUACUUUGCCAUUAUCAUUAUUAUUUCUUUAAUUUCCUGACCUGCUGUCAUUUGUGCGAGUCGCCUGGUAUUGUGAAGUGCGCGUCGACAUUUUCGAGUCGUAUUCACGAUGUUGGACAGCGUAAAGAUCAAGAACGCCGUCGUGCGUGAAGUCCUCGCUGAACUCCUGGGAACGUUCGUCCUUGUGUUGUUCGGCAACACAGUUCUCGCCGUGGUGACCUUCGACCGGGCCCCGAACUUGGGCUACGCCGCCGCCUUCUGGGGAUGGGCGCUGGCGCUUACACUGGGCGUGCUGGUCGCUGGUGGUGUUUCCGGAGCUCACCUGAACCCGGCCAUCACGGUCGCCGUGACCACGGUAGGCAAGUUCCCGUGGCGCAAGAUCGUGCCUUACAUGGUGGCCCAGUACUUGGGUGCAUUCCUCGCCUCCGUUAUACUAUUCCUCACGUAUCGCGGCGCACUGGAUCAUUACGACGGUGGAGUGCGGGCCGUGACGGGUGAAAACGCUACGGCGGGAAUCUUCGCCUCCUAUCCUCAGGAAUUCGUCAGCACUGGCAACGGCCUGGUUGACCAGAUCGUGGGUACCGCGCUGCUGGUACUCGUCAUCCUGGCCAUCACGGACUCGCGCAACAUGGCCGUUCCGCAGGGCAUCCAGCCGCUCUUCAUUGGCCUUGCUCUGGGCGCGCUCAUCCUCUGCUUUGGCUACAACUGUGGAGCACCCCUGAACCCGGCGCGAGACCUGGCACCCAGGGUGUUCACUGCCAUGGCCGGAUGGGGCGUUGAAGUCUUCAGCUACCGGGAUUACAACUGGUUCUGGGUGCCCAUCGUGGGCCCUCACAUCGGCGCCAUUGUAGGCGCCUGGUUGUACAUGCUGGCUGUGGAGCUUCACUGGCCCGGAUCGAGCUACGACAUGGACAGCGGUAACGCGGUAUCUGCCAAGGACGCACCUCGAUUCCAAUUGGCGAAUCAGAAUGAGGCAAUUUUUUAGAGAUGCUUACGGACAAGACGGGGUUCGAAUGUGAAAUUGAAAACGUCAUCCAAAUGAGGGGCAUCAAGCAGUGCGAAAUCAAGAACUGAACGCGGAGCAAGAAAGACGAAACGGGAAAAAAAUUAAAAAAAAUUAUAUAUGCGGUUACCGGGACAAUCAUCGCCACACACACACACAAAUAUUGCACACAACUACAGUGCCACAGCGUGGCCACGAUGCGUCCGAUGCAAGGCCAGGUGGUCCCCAAGAAGCCGUGUACAUCUCAUCACAAACGUAUGGUUCAAGCCUGGAACGCUGCUGCCCGGCAACCACCCGGCCAUGAAAAACAACGAAUCACUGCUGCACAUCUGGACUCAUCUUGUGACAACUGUAUUUUUGGAGCUCCCGUGUCGUUUGUGCGCUUUGAAAACGCGAGUUCACCCUCUCUCGCUGCGCCACAACGCCUAUCGUGGUGUGGUUUCGUGCGCCCAAAUGUGCUGCACGCAACUUUCAUCGCCCAUUUUGUAGCUACGCACUCCCGAAGUCAUAUCAAUCGAGACAAAGACAGAUUGCGCGGAUAUUUUGUCACUAUAGUGAGAGGCAUCCACGUUAUGGACCUCUUUCCUUCAUAUUUGAUCGUGAAGUGGCUUUUGUGUUCCUUCGUUACCUUUGUUUCAUUUUUUUUUCUGGGAAGAAACAAAGAUAUUGCGGUAACGAGGGCUUGUAAUAAAGCUUUAUACUUUCGUCUCUCAAGGACAAAAUAAGUAAACUUGAUGUAAUUAUCAGGAGUGCUAAGUGUUUCACCCAAACGGCCGGGGUGAUGGAAGAGCUUUGAAAAUCUGAUCAUUUUUGACUGUGAGCACGCAAAGGGUAACAUAAGCGGAUACUUUGCCACCGAAUAAUUAGUUUGCCGGUGCAUGUGCGUUUCCCAACACUCAGCUUGCCAAAGAUUCCUGUUUCGUUUUUGUUUUCUCACUUUGUGGUUUGUCUCGCUACUGCGAUCUUUAGUAGCUUUAUCGUCUCUUACACAAUGAAGAUCGAAAAAAUAAAUCAAGAAAAUAAAACGUACGCGUUGCUCGCAUUUUCAUAUACAUAUCAUCCCUCACAUUGUUCAUUUUACCAAUGAGUAUUUCCCUCCAUUUUUUCACUGAAUUGUAUGUGUAGAUAUUGUUUUUUCUGUCUCAAGAUGGCCUUUCUUCUUUUUUUCUUUAAUUUGGAAAGCUAGAGCUGUAUCUUUUUUUUUUUUACAGAUUAUAUGAAAAGUUUAUCAAGUGCUUUCAGUGAGUUACUGAUAGGCAUUUCUUUUUCUUUCAAGAAGAUCAAUUUACACGAUGAAGAAAACUGCACGACGCAAUCACACUCUCUUUUUUUUUUUUGCAGUUUACCGAAUAAAUAUGCAGUAUAUUCGGGAUCAAAGAAAAGAAAUUUGAAAGGCGCACUGAUGCACCUGCCAUCAUUUUUUAAUCUUGAAGUAUUUUUUUCUAAUUGUUCACUGGUAUUUCUUUACUUUUAUGCAACUGCACUUGUGUGAAGCGACUCCGUGCCCAUGCACGUUUUCUUUUUUCUUUUGUUUCCUUUGGCACUGUUUUGUUAUUUAAUAAGUUACUCCCGUGUGACAAAUUUGUACCUUACGUGCUUUGUGUACACACCCGCAAGAGCUACAUCCAUUUAAACACUGGGCUGAGGUUAUGUAAGUAUAGACAAAGAGCUAUGCUCUAAGAAUAGACACACCGUGCACGAUUGCACUGCUUUGCUUUUGAUUGCCAGUUUGCACGUCUGUAAUCUGCGUAAAUGCCAAAAUUUAAUCUCCGCAGCAGCUUACAUUUAUCGAAUACUGCGUUGUCAAAAAAGAAGAAACGCGAUGAAGCACGCACCUAUUCUUACCUGUAUUCGCGCGCUCUGUAUUAUUGUGGCUGUUCUCGUUACGUGCCUUUCUGUAGCAUCACGUGAGACGCUUCAUCAUGAAUUUCGACAAGUGACUAUUGUUAUUGUAUUGUCGCCAUGGCAUCCUGAAAUAAACAUCGUUGUAGUCUGUUA